AUGGUAGCGGCUAUGGCGCAGCAGAGUGCUGCGAUGAUGCAGCAGCAUGAGGCAUCCAUGCAGGAGUGGAGCUUGGAGGACUUUCUAAAGCACCACCCGACAAAGUUUGAUGGGAAGACCAGUCCUGACGCCGCAGACCAAUGGCUGAAGGACCUGGAGCGCAUCUAUGACGCCAAGAUGUGCCCUACGGAGAACAGGUUGGCGUUCUCGGUGUAUAUGCUCACAGGAGAGGCGGAGCAUUGGUGGACCAGCACGAAAUCCAUCCUUGAGAAGAGAGAGGAGCCAGUGACGUGGGAGACAUUCAGGGAGAGAUUCCUCUCUGAGUAUUUUCCAAACAACAUCCGGUACGCCAAGGAGGUGGAGUUCCUUCAGUUGAUCGAGGGAGGGAAGACAAUAACAGAGUAUGCUGAGAGGUUCAAACACCUCAACCGUUUCUACACCCUGCCACUCAAUGACAAGUGGCGAUGCAGGAAGUUCGAGAAUGGGCUUCGCGGUGACAUCCGCUUGAUGGUGGUUCCCUUGUCCAUCAAGGAUUUUGCCGCUCUGAUGGAGAAGGCCAGGGUGAUGGAGAAGAUGAAGCGUGAGGUCGAAGGUCAGCGCCCACAGCAGCCACAGCUGCCUCAGAGGAUCGGUGGACCAUCUGGGUCCAAACCCAGACAUGACGAGCGAAGGAGACCGUAUGACAGACCUCCUUAUCAGCCUCAGGGGUCUAGGGGUCUUCCUUCCCACCAGGAUCGAGUUCAAUGCUACAUAUGUGGGGGCCCUCAUCUGAGGAGUGCCUGCCCGCGUAUGGAGGGUUAUCGCUGGUGCAACAACUGUGGCAAGGAAGGCCACUUUGGUAAGGAUUGUCCCAACCUUGCCAGGACAACAAUUCGCCCUCCAGUUCAGACUCCCCAUCAGCAUUAG